AUGUCUAAUAAACGUAAACGUCAUGUUCUUACGAUAGAACAAAAAAUAGAAAUUCUUGCUAAGCUGGAUAAAGGUGAGACUAGCGUAUCUUUAGCCCGUCUUUAUAAUAUAGGUAAAGCAACAGUUACAGAUAUUAAAAACAACCGUCAUGCAAUCAUGGAUUUUUCGUCAAAGAUGGAUAGUGGUGAUGGAAUAAAAAGAAGGAAAGUUAUGAAAGUCGCAAAAUAUCAAGAUCUUGACAAAGCAAUGGAAAUGUGGUUUAUACAAAAACGAAGCUUAAAUGAACCAAUUUCUGGACCACUCAUAUGUGAAAAAGCUCUCGAGAUGAAUACAAAACUUAAGGGCCCUGAAGAUUUUAAGGCCAGCAGUGGCUGGCUUCAUAAAUUCAAAUCUCGACAUGGAAUAUAUAAUAUAAAUAUAUAUAAUAUGAGUGUACUGGAAUGCCACAAAACUGACUCUAAAAUUUAG